AAAUUGAAAUCACACGCGGCGGAUAAGCGAUAAGGCUCUUUACUCUGGUUUCGAGUGUAGGGGUAGUGCAAACAUGGCGACGAGCUCUCAUCUUCUUCCUCAGGCAUUGCAUAUGAUACCGAGAAUCCCUACUUUCUCGUCGAAGAAUUUAGGGGUUUCUUCAAUUCUACCACGAGCAUCAUCAAGCAAAUCGAGACUAUCAGUUUCUACGAAUCAUUCUAGCUCCAAUUUUGGUUUCGCCAUCGAUUCCAAGAAGAGAAGAGAGUUUAUCGUUAGAGCUGAAGAGAGUACUGAAGGUGAAACUGAGGCAGUUGUGGAGAAUGCUGUUGAAGCUGAAGCGGAAGCUGCUGUGGCGGAGGAGGAAGCUAGACCUCCGAGGAAGACGAGAGUCAAGCUCGGAGAUAUCAUGGGACUACUGAACAAGAAAGCUAUUGAGGUUGCAGAGAAUGUAAGACCGGUUCCUGGACUUAGGACAGGGGAUAUUGUAGAAAUCAAGCUGGAAGUUCCUGAGAACAAACGUAGGCUAUCUAUCUACAAAGGUAUUGUGAUGUCUAGACAAAAUGCAGGCAUCCACACUACUAUUCGUAUCCGGAGGAUUAUUGCAGGCAUUGGUGUUGAAAUCGUCUUUCCUAUAUACUCUCCCAACAUCAAGGAGAUAAAAGUGGUAAGUCACAGGAAAGUGAGAAGAGCAAGACUUUACUAUCUGAGGGACAAACUUCCUCGUCUCUCAACUUUUAAAUGAUCACCAAAACCCAACACCAGUCUUGUCUUGUGUUGUUGUCUUCAAUCUCCAAAGGUAGUAGCUACUCUCUUUCUCUUGUAAUAAUUGUUUAUUUGUUUUGUCUUUUGGAUUUCAUUUCUUUUCAUGUAAUUUACAGUAACAGUGCUCUAAGAAAAGUAAAUCAAUGUUGAUUGUUUUGAUCUUGAGUAA